GGAUCUCCUUUAUUAGAGACUAGAAAGGUUUGCACGCACGUGUAUUGAGAAAAUUUGUAAACAGUUUAUUUUGGACUUUAAUUUGAUAUAACUUCAAUCUCUGAAUAUUUGAAAUGGGAAAAAGACGGAAAGGAUUUAAACCACAAGAUGUUUCUAUUCUUGAUUCUGAUGAUGAAAGAGCUUUUAACAACAUUGAUGAUCCAGAUCCAGAUUCCAGGGGUUUUGUUUAUGAUGAUAUUGAUGAAUUUCACGCUGGUAGAGACAAGGUAUUAUUGGAAUCGGGUGUAAAUUAUGCCGGCGGAGAUUAUUCAGAACAGGAAGAAGUUUUACCUGUGGUGUCUGAUGAUGAUCUUCUCAGUGAUGAAGAUAUGGCACAAUAUCGAACCCAUCUUUUACGCUACAAGAGGCAAAAGAUUAAAGAAAAGAUGGGAAGUGAUUUAGAAGAUGAAGAUGAUGAACAAGUGAAAAAAGACAAUAAAGGAUGGGGUAAAAAGAGGUCACAGUUUUAUGGAGCUGAUUUUGAUGAGUUUGUCGAUUUGUCUGGUUCAGAUGAUGAUAAGAAGAAAGCUAUUCUAGAGGAGAAAGAAGCUUUAGUUAUCCAGAAGAAAAUGGUUGAGGAGAUGGAUGAGGAUGAUUUUGGUUUAGAUGAAUUUAAAGUGCCCGACAAAAAAGAAGAAAAACCUUUAGAAAAUCAAGAAAAGAUUGUCCAGGAUUUGUCUAAACUUUCAAAAAGAGAAAAAAUAGAGCUUUUGAAGAAAGAGUCACCAGAGUUACUUACUUUAAUAGAAGAUUUUAAAGCAAAGCUCAGUGAAGUUAAAGAUACAUUACAGCCAUUAUUUAAAUUAGUACAAGAAGGCAAAAUUGUGGAUAAAGCUGCUGAAUACGUCAAAGUCAAAUUUCAUCUUAGUUUAAGUUAUUGUGUAAACAUUAGUUUUUAUUUAAUGUUAAAAGCGAAACAUAUAGCCACCGUUAACCAUCCAGUAAUAAAAAGACUAGUACAGUACAGAAAGUUAAUAAAAGAGUUAGUACCAGUAGAUAAUAAACUAAACAAAGAAGUAAAAGAUAUAUUGGCCAGGUUAAAGAGAGGAGAAGACGUGAAUUUUGCUCCAAAGCCAACAGAAUUUAAGAGAAGGGAAGUUAAAACUCGUGUUAGAGAACGGGUUGAAGAAAGAAGACAGGCUAUACAGUCAGAAUCUGAUUCAGAGUCAGAAAACAUAGGUGCACAGACUAAGAAAAAAAACAAAAAACAAAAGAGACAGAAUAUAGAAACAGAAGCAGAGAGGACAGCAUUAGAAUUUUAUGACAUGAUGAAGAAUAAGAAGAUGAAGAAGAAAAUGGAGGAGGAUGAAGAAAAUGGUGUAGAUUUAGAGAAGGCUUAUAGGGUAGCUCAAGGUGAAAUUGAUGACAAUGAUGAAAUGAAUGAAGAUGGUAAACGAGCUAUUACUAGUCAGAUUCAGAAAAAUCGUGGUUUAACUCCUAGUAGAAAGAGAGAAUUGAAGAAUCCAAGAGUUCGACAUAGACAUAAAUUUAGAAAGGCUAAAAUCAGGAGGAAGGGACAGGUACGAGAAGUGAGAACAGAAACACAUCGUUAUGGUGGGGAAAUGACUGGAAUCAGAGCUGGUAUAAAGAGAGGAAGAAAACUAAAAUAAUACUGUAUUGUUACCUAAUAAAUAAAAUUAUGUUACCUAAUUGUU